AUGGCUACUACUCAGACAGUUAUUGAAGUGGGAGCUACCAAUGAGGAAAUUAAAGUUCAAUUGGCUGCGUCUGACGGCAAGCAUCUGUUAUCAGACCCUGGUAAUCAUCCAGCUGAACAUUUCAAAGAUCAAAUGUCAUGGUUAAGGUUUCAGACGAGGCAGUACUUGAUUAGAUUCACAAACAACCAAUCGGAUUUCGUAUAUUCUUUACAGCAAAAGCACAGAACGCCUUCGAGAGACGUUUAUUUCAAGUACACGUCGCUGAUGGGUUCCCAUAUGUUUUAUGUUAUCGUAUUACCUAUCCCUGUGUGGCUUGGAUACCUUGAUUUAACUCGCGAUAUGAUCUACGUUCUGGGUUACUCGAUCUAUUUAAGCGGGUACUUAAAGGACUAUUGGUGCCUGCCAAGGCCAAGGUCCCCGCCAGUGGAUAGAAUCACAUUAAGUGAGUACACUACGAAAGAAUAUGGGGCACCCAGUUCACAUUCAGCUAAUGCUACCGCGGUGAGUCUACUAUUUUUUUGGAGAAUAUGUUUAUCUGAUACGCUAGUAUGGCCUAGGAAGUUGAUUUUACUGAGUGUGGUGAUUUUUUACUAUUUGACUCUUGUUUUCGGUAGAGUUUACUGCGGUAUGCAUGGUAUGUUGGAUUUAUUCAGUGGUGCCGCUGUUGGUGCUAUCUGUUUUUUCAUUAGAAUUGGAGUGGUCCACGCUUUACGAAAUUUCCAAAGUGGGGAGCACCUCUGGUUUCCUUUUUUGAGUUUAGUAUGGGGCCUAUUCAUUCUGUUCAACCACGUCAGGCCCAUUGAUGAAUGUCCAUGUUUCAAAGAUAGCGUAGCCUUCAUUGGUGUGGUAAGUGGAUUGGACUGUAGCGAUUGGCUGGUCGAAAGAUAUGGAUGGAAUCUUGCAUGUAGCAGGUACGAGUCGUGUGGCCUUAAAGUGUUUUUGAGACCUCUAGUAGGUGUCGCCUCCGUGGUUAUUUGGAAAGAUGUCAUUAGCAAGACAGCCGUCUACACGCUGUUGGUUAAACUAUUGAGAUUUCACGAUGAUAGAGAUGAAAAGGAACAUUCACAUGACAAGAUUCCUGAAGAAGUAGAGUGUUCGACGUACGUCGGUGUUCCCAACGUAGAAAUUAUCGGGAGGUUUCUUAUAUAUGCAGGUAUACCUAUUAUCGUUUUUCUGUUAUGUCCAGUUUUUUUUACCUGGACCAACUUAAGAUAG